AUGGACGCCAAUUGUAAUCCGUCAAAGUAUAGUGAUCAUCUCGCCGGAAAUCGGCGCUCGACGCUGCUACCAUCGCGCGCGAACAAACACUGGGAAAUUCCGCCUGUCCGUUCCCUCUCCGCGGCCUCCGCCGCCUCCGCGGGGUCCUUUUCCCCCGAAUCCUCCGCCUCUUUCCUUAUUCCCGCCAAGCCCACGCAAAGGCUAGUAUCUGCUCAUAACAACGCCCACAUCGUUCCCGAUCUUUUAGUGCUGGAGCGGCCGCAUUGCCCGCCGCCUCCGGCGCCUCCGUUGCUGACGUCGCGCAACGAGACCAGCCAGCGACAACGCAUCAGCCGUUUUUUUUGCGAGAAAACGACCGCGCGCGGCGCCCGAAACUCGGGGGCUCCCUCCGCCCUGCAGGCAUUCAAGAACGAACCCAGCGACAGUCGUUCCGCGGAUCUGCGCCAUCCCGCGCAGCUGCCGUCGCCACAGCAGCUCUCGCUAACCGCGUCAACCCCGCUUGGGGACCCUCUGGGCCUGUCCCCAUACCCUUACGGGCCUGGCGCUGGUGUUGGCUCCGCGGGGGACACGAAUCCGCUGCAUUUGGGGACGCCCACGCGCGGAACCCGCGCCCUGUCCCCCCCCGCGGGUGUAGACGCCCGCCGGUUCCGCGGCUCCUCCUCGCUCUGGGCCUCCGCCGGUGGGGAUAGCGUCGAAGGCGCGCUCGCCCCCGCCGGCGGGAGCGGCGCUGUCGGCGGAGCCGCGGGAACCGCGGAUCGGCCAGAGUCAGCGGGCGCGCGCGCGUUUUCCUUCUUGAUGCCCGCGGGGAAAGGCGCGUCCGCCUUGCUGUCUCCGCCGCAGGUUCCGUGGACGGGCGGCGCGGGGAAAGGGAGGGAGGAGGAGGUGCAAGGGCGGGAGAUGCAGCUGCUGCCAUUCGCGCCGCUCGAUCGCGUGUUCCGCGACCGCGGGGAAGGGGAAGCGAGGAAGGCGGAGGAAGGGGGCGACGACAACGGCGCGGCUGAUCCGCGCUGUGCCGACGACCGCCCGGGGUUGUUGGCCUGCGGCGGCUCGGGGAGGUCUGGGGCGAACAUCGGGGAGGCCGUCGCGUUUCGUCGCGCGGACACGAUCAACAGCAAGCCGCGCCGAAGCCACGGCGUGGCGGCGUCCGUGCGAGACCAGCAAAGCGCUGCUGACGCGGCAGCGGCUCAGCACGCGCUGCGGCUACAGAUGAUGACGACUCAGAUGCCGCUGUCCUUGGAGUCUCAGCUACAGCUGGAGCGCGGUUCGAUCGCCAUAUCUGCCGCCUCCGCCCCUGCUGCCUCCGCUUCUGCCUCUGCUACAGUCGCCGGUUCCGGCACGCCUGGAGCAACCGCCGCUUCUGCCGCCGCGAGUGCCGCCGCCCUCACCGCUGGCGCGGCCGCCUCGUCAGCAGCUGCGGCUGGCCGAACCUCGCCCACGUCGAUGAUGCUCGUUCCGCGCGCUCCGGCGGGCCAUCUGACGCAGAGGGACCGCGUGCACAUGAGCUUCAGCAGCGCAAACCCGCACCACGCGGCAAAUGCGGCGGCAACCGCGGCGGCAGCGGCGCAAAUAGCGGGGGCGAUGGGAUCUGCGGCGUCCCGUCCCUUCCUUGUUCCGGGGUCUGGAUGGACCGCUGCGGCUUCCGCCACAGCCGCCACUGCCUCGAGCGCGGCCCCCGCCAGCGUCGCGCCAGCCGCCGCUACCGCGUCCUCUGCCGCGCACUCGGCGGCGCAAAGCCUGGCGCGCGCGCUCGGCGCGGGCGCGAGCUGGACGGGCCCGCGCAGGUUCCCCACGGGGCCGAGCGACGGGGUGAUUGCGUCCGUGGCGGACAAUGGCGGCGCGCCCGCGGGCGCGGAGAGAGACGCGGGGAACCGGGAAGCGCUCGCGGCGACUCUCGCCGCCGCUGCAGCCAUGGCUGCCGCUGCGGUUGCCGCGGCAGGGGGGGAGGGCGGGAAGUGGCAGCAGGUGGGGCAGGAGAUGCAACAGUGGGCGGCGCAGGGGAUGGCGGAGCGGGAUGUGCGGGCGAGAGGCAGAGAGGUAUCAUCGCAUAACAGCAACUCAGGGCUCCAGUCUCUGCAGUUCACUAGGGAGCAGCAACAGUAUCUGCAGCAGCAGCAGCAGCAGCAGCAGCAGCAGCCGCCGCCGCCGCAGCAGUUUACCAGGGAGCAGCAAGCAACGUUCCCUGGAGGAGGUGGUGUGGGGGGAGGAGCUGUCUUACCUGCAUGGUGGAACGACCACAUGGCUUCCCUCAUUGCCGCGUCGCAUGCUGCUGCCGUCGCUGCCGCCCCUGCCGCCCCUGCUGCCGUCUCUGUCCCCGCUGCCCCCGCCCCUGCUAAUUUCCUCCCCGCAAUUGUCUCCCCAGGGGCUCCAACCCCUCCCCUUCCGCCAGCCGCAGCAGCAGCAGCGGCAGCGGCGGCAGCGGCGGCAGCAGCAGUGGCGUCUGGGGGCAUGCACGCGCAAGGUGGUGUGGUGUUAUCUGGAACCCCUUCCCAUGCCACUCUCCAGCAACAGCAACAGCAACAGCAACAGCAACAGCAACAGCAGCAACAGCAGCAGGCGAGGAGGCAACCAGUUGCAGUACCACCCCCUGCUGCAACAGCAGCCGCCAUCGCCAGGACUCGAACUCCCCCUGUUCUCGGCACCGCUUCAACUUCAGUGGCCGACGCAACAGCAGGAGCGCCGCCCUGGGCGGACACAUGA